GAGCUGGAGGCGAUCAAGGCCCGGGUGAGGGAGAUGGAGGAGGAGGCGGAAAAGCUGAAAGAGCUGCAGAACGAGGUGGAGAAACAGAUGAACAUGAGCCCCCCUCCGGGCAACGCCGGCCCGGUGAUCAUGUCCCUGGAGGAGAAAAUGGAAGCCGACGCUCGCUCCAUCUACGUCGGCAACGUGGAUUACGGCGCCACGGCCGAGGAGCUGGAGGCGCAUUUCCACGGCUGCGGCUCCGUCAACCGCGUCACCAUCCUCUGCGACAAGUACAGCGGGCACCCCAAGGGCUUCGCCUACAUCGAGUUCUCCGACAAGGAGUCGGUGCGAACCUCCAUGGCGCUGGACGAGUCGCUGUUCCGCGGCCGACAGAUCAAGGUCAGAGCCCCCAAUUCCCACAAUUCCCAACAUUCCCAACAUUCCCAACCCUUCCCCAGUGAAAAAUGCGAAUUUUUGGCGGGAAAUUCUGGGGGUUUCGGGGCGGAAAAUUCAGGAUUUGGGGGCGGAAAAUUGAAGAUUUUUUAG